UGUUCAGAAACGAAUGGGCACUCGUCUAAGGAAACUGAAACAGAAUCUGAAGGACAAAAUUUUGUCAGAUGGUAAAACCAUUAGAGGUCGCCUGUCAGAUAAAAUUAUAAAUGAAUUACAACAAUACUAUGGUAUGGCAAUAAGAAAUAAUGCAAAUAAUUUGCAGGAAAUGAGACAAGCUGUAUGGGCCACAUAUUUACAUCGACCAUCAACUGAUGAUAAUCCUCAACAUUUUGCUUGUCCAGAUGGUCCUCAGUCAUGGUGCAAUUAUAGAAAAUCUCAAGCUACUGGGGAUCCUUAUCACCAUAAAAAUUAUAUUCCAUUGGCUGUUAUGGAAGUAAUUAAACCAAUAUAUAGAGACUUGGGGCAUCCUGAUCUUCUGCGAAAAUGUCUUCAUGGUUGUACCCAGAAUCAAAACGAGUCGUUCAACAACCUCAUUUGGACUCGUGUACCUAAGAAUGUAUUUGUUGGGAUAAAAACAUUGAAAUGGGGAGUCAGUGAUGCUGUUAUUUCAUUCAAUGAUGGUCAUAUGGGUAGGCUAAAGGUCAUGGCAAGGCUCGGCAUUGCUCCUGGUAUCAACACCAUCAGAGGUCUUCAGCUUCUGGACAGCGUGCGAGUAAGGAAGGCUCAGUAUGCAGCUGAAUUUAAUACAAAAAAAGCAAGGGCAGCAAGGAGAAGAAAGCUUCUAGGUGAAGAAGAAGAACUAGAAGAUGACCCUGAUUACUCUGCUGGACACUUUUGAUAAUAGAAUAAAAGAUUCACAGAUCCCGAGGACAGUGUGGCCACAGCAGCUGCCAGAGGGUGUCAUCACAACACCACAGGACAACCCCAUCCAGAUGGAGCCUUUGCCUCCUCUGCCUGCUCUCGUCCUACCAAUGGAGCUGGACCCACAAAUGCCGCAGUAACCAACGCCUUCUACAUUGUGGUAUGGGCCUCAGGAGGUGGACACGUACCCUUCUGGAUGUCUUCCGGGGGACAUUUCCACCAGUGCACAGGCCAGAUAGUGGGGUAUGACUGGAAGUCUCACGUCCCCUGCAGCCACAGCUUCCAGUCCAUUAGUGUGUCCACCCUGCUGCCUCCCCCACUGUUUUCGUGCUCCAUAUACAAUGACAGUCCAUCACCUUGGUGGGAAGCAAUGUAACGGCAUAAAGUCAAGCACCAGCAUGCUAUUUGGGAAUGAUAGAAAAGAGCUGGCUGUGAGAAGACGUCAGCCAGUCGCACGCUGACUGACCCCUCUCCAGGAUGACUACACGACAACAGCAGCCCCUAUGUCAAGAGGACAUAAGUGCCAUGACUGACUGGUGAUGCUCCAGUUGAAUAGCCACUUCACGACCAGCGGCUGGAUAAAACCGUACACUCUAUGUAACACAGACAUGGGAACUGUUAUACUAAAGAAAUUGCUUAUUUUGUAUGUCACUCUUUGCUUGUGACACAUCUGUGUAAUUGUCAGAUUUAAGUAUUGUCUUUUAAUUUUUUGUAAUAAAACUCAUUAAUAUGA